GCAAGACCCACCCUUACUAUUUCCGGGAAAGGACAACUUGAAAAUGCACCCUGAACAUGUCACGUUCAUGUCCACUUCACGUCCACCUGCUCUGAUUCAACUCUUAUCCAUCGAUAUCUGCUCUCCAUGCCUGCCUGGACAAUAAUUUCGCCGAACAACCCGGAAACCAAUUCCCGGGGCCAGAAUGAUCAUCGUCAUCCAAUGCGCAUGAACAUAUACUGGGUUAUGAAAGCUGUCUAUCAUAUGUUGGACCCAUCAAACGAACCGAGUUCCACAACUGAUGAAGUAAAACACAUCGCAACCCUCGAAUACACAGUCUCGCAAGAAAAUGCGGGUUCUCCUGACGUAUCAAGCCUCGUCAUACAUCUGCGCCUUUCCACAGAGACUGAUACACACUUUGAUGUUAUGUUGCGUGACAUGCAGAUCGAAGACAAGGUAGAGAACGUGUGCGUUUCGCUCCCUGGAGAGCUUACGCCGGUUCUGAUGGAUAUCUCUGAGUUCGUUCGUGAGUUCGUCCUCAGAAGGUCCGCUAUCAAGCGGGAACCCGGAGCUUCGGACUGCAGUUUUGGCGGUUGGAUAUGGCAAAAGAUGCAAGCGGAGAAAUACCGUCAACGCGUCUCUCAGCAGGAGGUUGUUGGUGUUAAAAAGACCGGUAGAUGCCCUUUAUGCCGCCACGGUCUUAUCGACUGCAAAAGCUGUCAUGUUGCAUCCUGCCGGUCGCUCGGUUGCCAUGGAUCUUCCAAACCCCCACUUGCACGGUGCGCUGAGCAUCCAAAAAAUACACUAUGUUCUCCGUGCCUUGAAGAGCAGGGGUCCAAGAGGGAACUAGAGAAAUGUCCUGGGUGCAAAUCUUGGUGCUGUGCCACGGAUAUAAACUCGUGUAUUGGUCAUCCCGUUGCCAUCCCUUUGGUUCCUUGCUCCUCCACCGAACACCUUCUGCAUGUGAUGACUACCUACUCCCAAUCAGCUAGGGUCCACCCUCCCAAGGGCGGUUCCUGCAACCAAUGCGAGCAGCCUGGAUGGCGGAGAUGCCGAGGCAACGGAUGUUGGUCAGGAGACGAUGUGAUCUGCCCAGAAUGCGCCAGUGGUGGUACCACGUGUAUGUGUCAGAAAGUAUGGGCGUGCGAUAUCUGCGCGGAGCACGACAGUAGCAUCUUUAUCCGCUGCCCGCGCUGCGACAGGCCAUUUUGCACCUCUUGCACCUAUAUCGACCAAUGCAAGCAGUGCUUCCGUGUUACCCUCUGCUAUGACUGCGUUGAAGAAGCGUCGGAUGCAGAUGACACAGAUGACGGGGUAGUAGAAACGUUUGCUAAACUCACUGGGACAUGCGAAAGCUGCGGGGUCAGGGUAUGCAAUCGCUGCGCGCCAAUUGAACCCUCGUGGUUGUCAUGCUCGGAAUGCUUGGCGAUGAAGAUCCGUCGUCGUGCGCGAUUGCAUGCCUGAUGCUGCUAUUGCCAGCAAACUGGAAUCAUGAUUAGAGAUAAAUGAAAGUACGAAUGGAUUGGAAUUUCUUUUACUCCGAUCACACACUGCGCGCAGCACUAGGGCUCUUAUCUAGGCUAGCCGCCAAUGGUCAGAUCUUAGGAAUCACACUAAGAACUUCGAACUGAAACUGUCAUAGUAUCAGUCCUAGGGUAUAGCUGUGAUCUUGGCAGGCAAUCUAGAUCAGUUCGAAGCACGACUUCAGAUUUGAGUCAAUGCAAGUGGUGGGUAGAGCCUCGAUGUUACAGUACAAGAUAUACCAACUCA